GCCGAGCACCAGAUGAUUUCCCGAAAUCGGAAUAUGUUGUGAAAGUUUUUAAUUACUCUUCAUGGUUUUGUAACUUUUGUUUAUCAGAUCUUUUCUAUGGAAGUAGUUUUAUUUUGUCUGGACAUAGCUGUGGUAAUUGGAUCAGUACCGAACGUUUAGAUCUUUCUUUCAAUUUGACUGUUUGCCGUUAAAUUUGAUUUUCCCUUAUCAGCUCUAUUCCUCGGCCUUGCCAUCAGGAUGAUCAUGUUAUACCAGUGCUCAUCUUCUCCAUUUCCGAUGUAACGGAUCAGAGACACGACUAUUAGGUCUUAUCCCCGCUGUUUCUUUUGUGAGCUACGCGGACAUCAGUACUUCUGGCGACAGAAACACGGUUCUCUCGAAGAUCUGUAAAGUUAAAAAAUGACUGAUAAUCUGAACUGGAUGUAUAAGCGUCCUACCGUGGACACUGAAGCGUAUCUGUUGGGGAAAGCUAUUGAUAAAUCCGUGGAGCAUAUAGAGACCGAUGGAGUGCCUACGAAUGCAGAAGAUAUCGGGAAUAAACCAGGCGCGCUAUUCCUGGAAGCCGCAGCCAGUGCAGCGCUUGAAGCAGAACUUAAAGUGCGUGAAGAUCCUUUGUACGCCAUCAAAAAGAAGGAAGAGGAGCAACGGCGUGCCCUGCUGAACAAUCCAAUCCGAUUAAAAAUGAUGCAGGAAGAACUGGAACGCAAGCAAGCGGCUGCAGAAAAGAAAAAAAGCUCCAAAUUAAAAGACAAGGAUCUUCUGGUCAAAAUGCUGCAGCUGAAAGCCAAACACGGAACGGAUAUAAAAAAUCUUUUGGCGGAUGACAGUGAUGACGAGCGUGAUAAAAAGAGACGGAAAAGGCGGCAUUCUCGCAGUCGGUCUCGUUCUGCAGAUAGGAAGAGUUUCCGUGAUCGCCGCACUUCAGAUUCUCACCGUGCUGAAUCCCCGGUCCGGUCACACCGUUCUCACACUCAUGCCAGCGAUCAGUCCUCCAGGCGCAGUACAUCGUAUCACUCUUCGUCCCAUGCUUCAUCGUCUCAUCACACUUCAUCUCGCCACGAACACAGAAAUCCGCCACCAACAAAAACUUCGCAGUAUACGAAGACCGGUGGUAGCAGGACAUUCGGAAAAAUGGAUCCCGCUGAACUGGAAAGAAAACGACUAGAGAUGAUGUCGGAUGCCAAAGUUCGCGAUGAAGAGCGCGCAAAAAAUGUUGCUGAUUAUCGAAAACAGGAUGCGGAAGAGGAGGCGCGUAACAGAAGUGGCGGCAGUAGAGGGUCAGCGCUAUCCAGUACGGCGGAUAUUGGAACACUGGAAUCAAGAAUACAAAGCACGCGGAACAAGCUGCAAAGGACCCGUGCCGCGUUAGAAAAGGAUUUCACCAAACGCUGAACGUCUUUAUUACGUAUGUAUGUCUACAAAAAUUCAAAUUUUUGAGGUUUAACAGUGAGCACUGAUACUAUGUAAAGAAAAACAGCACAGAUUGGAACCAUCGGGUGUAUCCGUUAUAGAUAAUUUGGCUCAUUUGACUAAUCAGUAAACCACCGAAGUUUUGAGAUUCUGGUGCGCUUUCAAUAAAAUCUAGAUAAGGAGAUUCAUCCAAUGCAAUAGGCUUUGUGAUUGCAAGUUUAUAAGUUGCUACACAAUUCCGGGCUCAUUUUUAGGAACUAAGAACUGCAGAAAUGUAUCGCCGGACAAGGCAGUCCAAAAUAAUCCGUUUGAGCCUCCAUCGGGGAUUUUCACAGUGUGCACAUUAACAUUACCAAACAACUGAAACAAGGCAUUCGGUUCUUUCACGUCAUGGGAGCUUGUUCUCCGAUAUCUCGAUGUUUUGCGCGGAUUAUUUUUCACUGGAGAAGCGUUUUCUUGGAAUUCAGGGAAAACGUUCUGAAUAGAAUUUCCAAAUAAAACCAGAUUUGCGAGCGUAUCAAUUUCGAAAUUAAACUGGAAUAAGUUCAUGUACAAUUCACUGUCAGCAUGAAUCAUGUAGAAUAAUGUCCAAGGUU